GAGGACGCGCCCAACAUUCCGGGCCAAGCGUCCCUCUCGGACCAAGAGGUCAAAGAGGACAUUGCCAAACGCCGUUCCAAUCGCGGCGGGAGCAUCGACACCCUCCACGAUCACAAGCCCCAAGCUGGCUCGCAGUCGAUGCGACACGAGUCGCGCAAGGCUGGUAGACAUCACCGUCGGAGCUCUGACCCCGCCCCUCCGAACAAGUCGGCCAGCGGCUUCGAGCAGCACCGGCAGAAGUACUUCCGAGCUGGAAGAAAACUUGGCACCAAAUAUGGUGUGAUGGACGAGCUGGAGGCGCAGACCGCGCAGGGCUUGCAGAUGGAGCGCCGCCGCUCCCAGCGAACAUCGAACUCGAGAGUGGACAGCAACAGUAACGGCAACCUCGGCAGCGGCGGCAACUUGGGCAGCGGCAACCUCAGCAGCACUGCGAAGGAGGCGGUCAGCCCCGCCGUGAAGGAGAGCCAUUCCGGGAAGAUGCUGGCGGUGACGCCCUCCAAAUCUGUGCCGCAUUUCAAGUGCCCGAGCGCGUCCGAGGAGCAGGAGGAGCCUCAGCAAGAGCCGGAUGAUGAACAGGAUGACGAUGAGGUUCACCUGGAUAGCGAUGAGGAGGGUGCGGACAGGUCCGCCCCCGCAGAUAGAAGCUACAAAAGCAGCCGGAA